AUGGCUCCGGUAGUAGUCUAUGAGAAGGGGCCCUCGGUUCCCACCGAGCAGACGUUUGGUGACGAGGGUAAUGAGAUCACGACAACCGCCAAUGGCAAUGUUUUGGAUAAUGGUCUGCAACGAGGUUUGAAGAAUCGCCAUCUCCAAAUGAUAUCUCUCGGCGGUGUGGUUGGAGCAUCAAUUUGGUUCGGCACAGGUUCCGCAAUUGCGUACUCGGGUCCUCUCGGAGCACUGAUUUGUUUCUCCAUCAUUGGUCUCGACGUCUUCUUUGUCAUGCAAUCUCUUGGAGAAAUGUCAACAUUGUUUCCCAUCCAAGGAGCUUUUGUGGAGUUGGCGGGCAGAUUUGUCGACCCGGCCCUGGCAUUUAGUCUGGGCUGGAACUAUUGGUACCUCUGGGUGACCAACAUUGCUGGUGAUUACAACAAUAUCUCGCUUGUACUCAAACAAUGGACUGAUACGCCGCCCAGCUGGGGUUGGAUCCUAAUCUUUUGGGCCUUUUUCCAGGGCACAAGUCUACUCGGUGUAGUGGUCUGGGGAGAGAUGGAAUUCUACCUGGCGGCGUGGAAGCUGACUUGCGUGCUUGUGGUCGGCUUCCUGGUCUCUAUACUCAUCAACACGGGUGCGAUUGGCGGCGAAUACAUUGGCUUCAAAUAUUGGAGAGACCCCGGACCCAUUGCCAACGGCAUAAAUGGCUUUGGGCAGACUUUUGUGCUGGCCGCUGUUUAUUACUGCGGAACCGAGAUGCUGGCGUUUACGGCAGCCGAGAGCAGAAACCCCCAGCGAGAUCUGCCUCGCGCUAUUCGCCAGACCUUUCUCCGCAUUCUGAUCGUCUUUAUCGGUCUUGUCUUCUUUGCUGGCAUCAUUGUCCCGUCGACCAGCUCGGAUCUCCUCAACGCGAGCAGCAAAUCUGCCAAGAGCCCCUGGACCAUUGCUCUGGUGAAUGCGGGCUGGAGCGGCGCGGGCAACCUGCUCAACGUCAUCAUGAUUACGGCGCAGUUCUCGAGCGUCAACAGCGGCAUAUACAUUGCGUCACGGACGCUGGUGGCGCUGGCGCGCAACGGUAGGGCGCCGCGCUUCUUUGCCGCGACCCUGGCCAACGGUACGCCGCUUCGCGCCAUUGUCUUUUCCAAUGCCCUGGGUCUGCUCAGUAUCCUCAACGUCGCUACGGGGCCGGGCCAGGUAUUUACCUACCUGGUCGAUAUCUCGGGUGCUGCUACCUUCAUUGCCUGGGCGUUUGUUGGCAUUACCCAUCUUCGUAUGCGUGCGGCCUGGGUCAAGCAGGGCCACAGUCUGGAUGAGAUGCCCUUUAGGGCCUUUUGGUACCCGUGGGGAACUUGGUUCGUUGUCAUCAUCAACUUAUUCCUGGUCUUUAUCUCAGGGUACUCUGUCUUUGUCGGCGGAUUUGCCGCGGUUGACUUUGUGUUUUCGUAUCUGGUUCUGGCAAUCUUUACAGUGCUCUACGUUGUCUGGAAGGUAAUCAAGCGCACCAAGAUUGUAGGCUUGAUGGAGAUGGAUCUUGUGACUGGUAGGAGAGAGGGCCUUGGCCAGCGAAGCGGUGUAGCAGCCGCUGAAGGAGAAGAGAUCUUGGAGGAGAAGACGAAGAUUCGGCCAUGGUAUGUGAAGUUGAAAAGAUUCAUUUUUAGUUAG